AUGGCUCGCGAUCGACAAAAGAGCUACGCAGACAAGAGACGGAAGCCAUUAUCUUUCGAGGUUAGGGACAAAGUCUUGUUGAAAGUCUCGCUUUGGAAGGGCGUAGCAAGGAUCGGUAAGCGUGGAAAGCUUAACCCUCGAUACGUAGGUCUAUAUGAAAUCUUGGAAAAGAUUGGCACCGAUGCCUACAAGCUGAAGUUACCAGAAGAACUUAGUAGUGUGCACGACAUGUUUCAUGUGUCGAAUCUCAAGAAGAGUCCAACGCAAGAAACAGUUUUCAUCCCGGAGGAGGAGGUUCACAUUGAUAACAAACUCCAAUUCACUAAAGCACCUGUUGAGGUCAUGGACCGGAAGGUCCAGAAAACAUGA